AUGGCGCCACCAAAGCUUUCCAAGAAGCAGCUUAUCAAGCACCGCACAUCCGCCACGCCCUCGAAUGGCAAGAAGACCGGCGGCUUCCAAGUUAGGCCCAAGCAUCUUCCGGACGGCGCCUACCUGGGCAAGCACAAGCGCAUCAAGGCCGAGCUCAUCCACAAAGCCAAGGUGAAGAAGGAGUACUACAAGCAGCUGAAGCAAGACAAGGCGCAGUCCGGUAGCAGCGGCACCAACGCAAAUGCAGCACCACUAGGCCAGCGUGGCAGUGCAGCCGGAAGUGCCGAGCUCGAGUCGGCUCUUCCGUUCAGCUUGCCCAAAGACCAGGGCCGGUUUGCUCCUGAAAACGGCGAUGACGAAGCGCAGCAAUCGGAUCUGGCACUGUUCGGAGCCAAGCAGGACUUGAGGCCGAAGAGGGCGCCAAAGGGCAAGGGCAAGAAGCCUCUGCCGCAUCCGCUGCCCAAGCCAGCCGCGCGUAGGGACGAAGAGGAGAGGGUGAGAGACACGCGCACCAAGGAGGAGAAGGAGCAGGAGCGGCUCAAGCAGAACAAGCUCUGGAACAAGCCGAGCGGCAGCCGCACCGGACAGGCGAGGGGCCAGCCCAACCUGAGCGCAAGGAUGGACGUCAUGCUCGACAAGAUUCGCAAGUCCACUUCUUAG